CGAGAAGCAGGCGCGAAAGGAUCCGGUCGUGCCGAAAGCCAAGCUCAAUACCACGAACAAGGCGCCACUACUUAAUACAGCCGCGGUUUCAUCAGCUUCGCCGCUUCUUGCUGUUACCCACACAUCAAGCCUGAAAAGCGACCAGGACCGAAAUCCCGCUUCGCUCUACGCGGUGCUUCCCUACCGGCCGGACAGUAAAACGCGGGUGGGACCGAUAUCGCGAGGAACAAUCCCCCCUCCCCAAAUCGAAAACGAAAUUUGUGAUGCUGUAUUUGAGUACACAAGUCCACUUGUAUUGCUAGAAGGCAAAGAGGCGCAGCUGCGGCCUCGUUUGCGUUUGGAAGCAAUUUGUCAUGCUGUUUCCCACUUCCAGCUGCCUCCUGUCAUGCUGAAGAUGCAAGGCUUUUCCACGCAACCCAGCACUACAGUCCGCAUCUCUUCCCUUCUAGCAUGACAAAGCUGCCACAAAUCUGCAUCACAGAUUUCCGCUUGGAUAUGGGGAGGGAGGAUUUUUCAGUUUGAUAACCGACUGCGAAGAACGUUUCUUCCGGAACGAACGAUCUCUUCCGUUUAUGCAGUUCAAAAGUGUCGCACUUGUACUAGUAUAAAUCGCAUGAGAAAUUUCCUCAGCAUGAGAAAUGCAAUUUGUAAUGCAGAUCUGCCUCAAGAAAGAGAUUUGUAAUGCAUGAUUGCAAUUACUGCAAGUGCGAUGCUUUUGCAAUGCAUACCGUUUGCCGAGUAUCGAGGACGACAGUGGGAGAGAAGAAAAAGGUCGUGGUUUCGUUGGAAAGGUAGGUCCUGAGCAAAAACGUCCCCACCCCAGAGUUGUCAAGAUGGGAAAUCUGCAAGACAAGUCAACAACUUUUGGCUGGUGUGCAUGACAAGUUCUUUGGGAUCGUAUUGUAGUCCUCCUGCUUAGGUAGUGUAGAAGCGUCAAAGAUUCAGCACCUUGUCGCGAUGAUUCAAGCAUGACCAAUUAUUCCGAAACACAAUUAGAAAAUACCUCUCAUGUAGUUGGGGCUGCGCAACAUCCAUGAGAAACAUUGUCGGCCUAUCGAUAAUUUGCGUGACACCUAUGGGGCGAGGACGACGUUUUUAUUUUGGAUAAAAGAGCAAGACCACCCCAACAGCCGCGCUGUU